UUUGGGUCUCUCCAGCCGCUGCCGGAGAAGUUUGUGAUGAAAGGCAUGGUGGAACGCUUCAAUGAUGACUUCAUUGAGACCAGGAGGAAAGCUCUGCACCGCUUCCUCAACAAGAUCUCAGAGCAUCCCAUCCUGUCCUACAGCCAGCACUUCAAAGUUUUCCUCACUGCACAGGAGCUGACCUCUCACAAGAAACAAAGGUCCGGGCUUCCUGAGCAGGAUGGAGAGACGGUGAGGGCGGUGGCCAACUCUGUACGAGGCCUGAGAAACCGACCGGAGGAGUUCACUCUGAUGCAGGAGUAUGUGGAGGACUUCAGCAACAAGAUCUGCUCUGUGGACAAAGUCACCCAAAGGAUCAUCAAGGAGCAGAGAGAGUAUCUGGAUGAGCUGAAACAGUAUGGUCCCACGUACACCCAGUGGGCGGGGUCAGAGGAAGAUCUGGCGGAACCGCUGAAGGGCGUGGCUCGCUGCGUGGAGGGGUGCAGUAAGGAAACAGAAGAGCAGAUCCAGCAUCUGUCCGAGGUCCUGGUCCCCGCCCUGCACGAGUACGUCCUCUGUGCUGAGACACUGAAGGCUGUGAUGAGACGUAGAGACAACAUCCAGGCCGAGUUUGAAGCCAAGAACGAGGCCCUGGCAUCCAGAAAACCAGAAAACCAAGAAGCACUGCAGGAGGAGGUGGAUGGUCUGGCAGACCGGGUGGAGCUGGCUAACAACGCCUUGAAGGGAGACUGGUCCCGUUGGCAAAAGGGCAUGAGAACUGACCUCAAAUCAGCCUUUAUUUCCACCGCUGAGAAGAACGUGGAUUACUACGAGAAGGUGAGCUCAAGAUUCAGACCAAUCACCAAAAAAGUUCCAUCAGGGCAGUUUUAUUGCUUUAGCAUAAAUAAGUUCUAAGGAUGACCUAUAUUUCCCUCUAUCUUCACACAU